AUGUCUCAAGUCAACGACCACCUCGAUGUCUCCAACAUGGCUCCGUUCGAAGGAACUCGAAAGAGAUUCACGGUGCAAAGGAAAGAUUCUGCUGAGUCAGUCGUGAGCGCGAAGCUUGAAAAUGGUCAAUUUUUCAACGGCUUUAUAUGCAUCUUGAAAUGGAUAUCUGCAGUUCUAAUUUUCUUGGCUGUAUUAUUCUGUAUUGUGACUAGCAAGCUUUGUUUGCUGGUUCUUGGGCAUCAGUUUAAAAGUGUACAAGAAACUAAAACGAACACUACAGCAGAGUAUUUUGCAGAGGCGAAUAAACAGGCGUUGGUGAUGAUGCUCGUGCUCGCUUUAGUGAUACCACAGGCGGCAUCUUUACUUUACGCCAUUUGGACAAGCCUGAGGAGAAAAAGCCGACCAUGGCCAACAAAACAAGGAUUUAUUAUCGUAAGUGUAAUUAUAAAUUCCAAAUUGUAGCUAGAUAGAUGGUAUAAGAGAUGUAGUUGAAGCAAUGGAAGUUAGGCCACGCGAGUUGAAGCUCUACUGAAGUUACGGAAACAUUUCAAAGUGCUGGUUCCCUUUGACCUUGUAUCAAACUCCUUGCCAAAGAUGCAGUUAUGCUACCUAUAUAUUUGCAAAGAAGGCUUUUGACCUAGUGAUUCGAACCGAUUCAAAAAAGAAUAAUAAUUGAUAAACUGUGAAAAUAAUUUUAUCAUAAAAUCAUUAUGUCGGUGUCGAAGCCUUCUAAUAUGAUGCGCGCUAUCUUGGCCAUGUACUCAGCGCCAUUGCCACUUUGUCUUUGCCCGCGAUCUCACGAACUUUUUAGAUGUAUGCAAUAGCACGACAUUGCCUUUUCUUCUAGGACAACAAGAACUUGUUUUAUCACCGUUACAUUCAAAAAUAGAUCUUUGAACUAUUUGGCAAAGGGAAAUAUUGCUUGUCUUCCACUUCCGUGAAUUAAUAACUUUAAGAGAAAACUUAGAAGAAUUCACUAAAUUGAUGGCAAUUGUACUAUAAGGAUAGUGGCAAUCAUCUUCAGGAUAAGCUUUUUCUUCACUCAUUUAAAACUCAGUUUUACCUGUUACGAAACAUAAUGGCAGAAUAGACAACAAAAACGCUCCGACCUCUAAUUAGACUGCAAUUAUCUUGCUGUUUGUUGUGCAUAAAAUAUGCAUUAAUUUCACCCAGAUUUCAAAGCGAAUCAUUCAUGCAUUAUAAGAUAAUCUGGUUUUACUAAAUGCGUGGAUAAUGCAUUGACGAAGGGCUAGGGCUUAAAACGUCAGCUUUAGAAACUCUUUACACCAGUCCAUCUCGAUGUCUAUGAUAUAUCUAUCAUUUACAAUAUCAACUCAGCUCAUAAAACAUAAAUUAUUUUGUAAUACCCCAGCGACGCAUUAUGCAUUAGCCUUACAUAAGUGGUUUAAUUUGCUUUUAUGACUAUUGGAUUCAGAGGUUUUACUUCUACAAUACUAUUUCAUUCCUCCUUUGAGAUGACAGAAACAAUAAAUUUUAACGCGCCUGAGGCUAUUUUUGUGGCUAACAGAGAAGAAUUGAAAGCAAAAAGAUUGCUUAAUUCUUGACAAAAACGUCAAUCAAAGUGUCUUAGAUGGGACUGUUUUGGUAUGCUGCUUUGUUUAGCAUCUUGAUGUCUCUAAGUUGUUUUGACUAAGUUGUCAUAAUAUGCUAAGUGAUGAGACUGCCUAUCAUGAAAAGCUCUAUUGCCCUUUGUUUUAGGGUAAAAGAAACGCAAAAGUUCGAGUAUAUUUCAAGGAAGCAUAUUAUCGGCUUAAAAAAGUUACCAUUUAAGGCAAACACAAGUUGCAGAAGGUGUAAACUAAUUACUUACUGGAAGUCGCGCCAACAGACACUUCAUGACAAUAAUUUUAGAGUCACACGGGCUCGCUGCCUGAUAAGAGUUUGACAUAGGGAAAAAUCGCUUUAUAACAUAUUACAUAAGCUCGAGAUGAGACUUGUUUUAGGUUUUGUCGUAAUGAUUUUUUACGAAUUUGAAAUAAAUCAAAAACGUGAUUCCGCCCAACGACUAUGUAUAUAAAAUAAUGAACACUUCUUGUUCUAUUCAAAAGGCAAAAGUAAAAAAAAAAUUGUCACAAACACAUGUCGAUCGAUGAAUGAAAACAAGCCUUUCGCAGUAAAGCAGUCAUAUUCGUGUUCAGAUAUCAUUCUUGAUCCUCUGCCAUGGCACAAUGUGGAAUGGCUUACGCAGGAAAGCCGUUUUACUCCAAAAAUGUCGUAAUACUGAACAGAACUGGGUAUCUCGUGUCCAACACAGAAUCAUGGUAUAAUGUGGGUUAUAUACACUAAGCUGUAUGGAUCUAAAGGAAUCAGUAAGUGCAAUCGUACCCCGAUUUCCUGUCGAGCACUUAAAAGCGUGAUAUACUCUUUACCAAUCAGUUAUUCAUUAAUAUUGACAUUCAACAAAGCAACCCGACAGGAAACAAGUAAACAAGAAGUAAUCAACCCAUUUUCUUUUUCGGCCUUUUGACUCUGUGAAGGACAAUGAAAUAAUGGAGAAAUAUUUUGUAGACGGUUUACAUGAUUAGUACCUCACUGCCUAUUUAACAAAUAGAGAAGCCUUGACUGUGCUCUGUUCUGUUAUAAAGCAAGCUGGAGGCGGCUAGAGCACGAAAGAAAUGUAGGGAGAAACACGAGACGUAGUCGAGUGUUUCGCCCCACUUCUUGAGUGCUCUAGCCGCUUCCUGAGUGCUUUAUUACAGAACAGAGCACAGUCAAGGCUUCUCUAUUUGUUUUAUAAUAAAGAAUCCGUUAAAUUCCCCGAGCAUUACUUUCAAUUUUCAAAACAAACUUUAUUUCCAAAGCGAACAACAGUGUGGUCAGCAUGCUCUAUACUCUCAUAAAGCACGCUACAAUAAACCAAUCAGAAUCCCUGUUAGAGUGGUUCAAAUAAUCUGAUUGGCUGUACAAGACUAAAGCUGUCAAAAGUGUCAAACCAUCAAAGUUCAAAAACCAUCAAAGUUCACAUUCUGCGAUAGUUUAUAAACUAAAAUAAUUUAACACUUUUGCCUGAAGUUUUUAAGUCUCUAAUACAGAAUCUUGAAGUAAAAUGUUCAGUGAAUUUCAGCCGAAUUAUGGCUCAUAAAAACACGCGAGUUUUUUCACAUGACAAGGUAGAAAACAAACUGUUCAGGGCGAAUGUUUUUUGAAUGAACGACAGCCGAAUUCAGCGGAACAUGAAGAUCGCUCGGGAUGACAGCGCGGCAAAACUCGGCUGCAAUGACAGAUGUGACUUUCCAUUCAACGCAUCGGAAAGGAUAUUAGAGAAAGCUCUUAUUUUUUCACUCGAAGGGCGGCCGAUGUAGUUUCUGAGGCUUGCUUUACUGUGAUGACCGGAGAUCACCAUGAUGGGCGAGCCGCGAUGGACUUCAGCAUGAUGAUAUUCGCUCAGACACCGUCAUGAUUAGAAUGAAUUUUAACAGUUAUGCCAGUUUGGUUAUAUUUUUCACCAUUUCUGUUUUGUUCUGUUUUGUUUUUGAACACUGAACUUUAUAUACUAUAUGAGUGUUAGUUGUGUUUCAUUUUUGUUUCCGUACGUAAGCUUGCAAUCUAACUGAGCGUGAAUUAAUCUUUGAAACUCGGAAUGUCUAUUUUGUUUUUCCUUUGAGGAUUUUCGAAUCUGCUCACGUUUUAAUAACGUAAAUUACGGCGCCUGGUAUGUUUACAAAGCUUUGUUUGAUUCUUCUGUUGCUACUUGUUCCGAAAUUUCACUUUCAAUUAUCGGAAGAAAGCUAAAAAGAAGUCCCGGAAAAGGUCGAACAUAGUACAAUUUGGCAGAUGGCGUGAAAGCUUUAGCUCAACUCUCUGCUCUAUACUCUCAUAGAGCACGCUCUUUCAACCAAUGACAGCGCGCGUUAUAUUCCAACUUUAUUAUAAAUCUAGUUUGUUAAGUUAUCUGCUUAUGUGGCCUUAAGAUAUGUCUUUCUAAAUGUAGAAGAAUUCACUUUAUUACAGAUUUUGGUUUCCGGAGCCCUAGAAGCGAUUUCUCUUAAUUAUAUUGUCGUGGUGAUGGUGACUGUUCUACCAGUUAACCCCGACGUAAUUGUGCUGCUUAUGUGCAGUUUAAGUGUGGCACCGGCGAUAUGGCAAGCGUUCAAAUCGCGAUCACAAUGGCAAACUUGUCAAGGGAAGUUGGAUGUUAUUAAGUUUUCUGCAGCUGCUAUCUCAGCCAUAACUGGCAUUGUCAUGCUCUCUAUAAAGGUAACUAAUCAUAAAAUAUCUUUUAGUUUAUACGAGAUGAAAGCAAGAAUGUGAUAAAAUGUCUUAAGUGAGGAAAUUUAUUUCCUAACAUUAUGUCUACUUGUGAGUUUUAAUUGCGGACGAUAAACUCUUCCGAAUGAUGUAUUAGCUGGCUAUCUCAGAAGGAAGCUGGAAUUACAUUUCGGACCGACUAUCUUUAUUAUUGAUUGUUUCGUUUAGGUACCCGACUUAUCUGGACAGAUUGGCAUUCCUGUAUCAUUUUUUCUCCUUUCCAUUGCUUGGUCACCGAAGCUUAGAAAACUCCAAAUACGAAGCAAACAACACAGUCAAUCGACGUUAAGAGAACACUAUGUUUCAGGUGUUUCUUUAAGCAACAAUGAUGAAGAGCGAGGAACUAACAGGGGUCCUCCUGUUAAGAUAAAAACUGCCCGAGGAAAGGCGGCUAUUGUAUCUUCGUUUUGGAAACUUUUUCUCACACCUCUGAUUGCAAUGACGUUCGCCAAAAUUUACGAUAUUGUUGAGCUCGACAACAUUCACGACACUUUUAAAGCCAUGACAACAAUGAAUCCAUCAACAACCUACUUCAUGUUUCAUAUUUUUGCGAGUUUCUUUGGUUAUCAUUUUGGUUGGCUGAGCUGUUCUCUUUGCAUGCAACGUAUUGGAUACGCUCUUCCGUUAACGCUGGCAACACCGAUUACUCUCCUCGUGAUGCAAGUCGAAAGGAUAUGUGAAAUAAGCACACUAUCAUUACCUUGUGCAUCAACAGAUCUAGGCUACAUUCUUGGGGCAGGGUUCCUUCUGUGGUUCUCGCAGUCCAUUGCAACCACUUAUUACACAUGGAAGAGUCAAGGACAGAUCAUGGCAAAGGCAUCUGAUCUUCUAUGGAUUCCGUCUUACAAUGGUAUGUUGUUUUCCAUCCAUUCUCAUCUUUCAUUCUAUAUUAGAGCAGUGGAAUUGAGAAAGCAAAAUCAAUUUUAAUGCAUAACUCUUUUUUUGUCUUUAUCAUUGUUGUUGUUGUUUUCUAAUUGCUUAUUCAAAACUCUGCCCACGGGCAUAGGGGAGACAUCUAUAGCUUCGUUGUUAUUUUUCAUAAUUAUAUUUCGUUUGGCCGACUGGACAGUAUUUUCGAAAUCAAUAUGUGGUAGCAAAUGUGUCACUGUUAAAUUGGUUGACACGCGACCUUAAAACCGUUUGUAUUAUUUUAACUUAAGUCCUUCAAAAAAUGUAAACUCAACAACAAAAAAUUAAACUCAGAUGUAAAAAAUGUAACCUAUGUAUCCUCUCCUGCAAACAUUUGAUCCAUAAAAAACAAAUCAAACCAUCGUUAUAUUGGAAUAUGUCUAAAAACUAAUUACUAAUGAAGGCCGUUCUCCAGAAACAUUUUUACUGAAUUUCUCUUUCAUUUAGUGACAAAUAUAUAAAAUUCAGCAGAAAUGAUACCAGUUGAUUCCAGUUAAAAUUCGAGUACCAUUCAAGACUUUAUUUUUUUUCCAGGUGUCUGCCUUGAACAGUACUUAUUAUUAAACAGACGAAAUCAGUCAUGUGACGAGGAACACAACAAACACAACGAACUAUCAAACAAUAUCCACGUGUUCAUAUGUACGACAAUGUACCACGAGGCUGACUACGAAAUGGAGCAACUCCUUCGUUCUAUACACGAUGUCGACAUAAACAGAACCAAAUCAGGAAGACAUUUUGAGUCACACGUGUUUUUUGAUGGAUGUAUCAGGGCAAACGUGUUUAACAGCUAUGUUUUGCAGCUGGUGUCAUUGGUGGAAAAGACGUUGGUUGUGAGCCUGACGGAUUGUGUCAAAAUGAAAACCCCAUACGGCAUGCAGCUAAGGUGGAAACUUCCGGGCGGAAUGGAUUUCACUAUUCAUCUUAAAGAUAAUGCUAAGGUUACAUAACGGUUUUAAACUUUCCGUAUUUGUUUCAAAUGCACCAGUGGCAAAUUUCUAAAUAACUUGAAAUAGCUCAAUUAAUAUAUUAAGUUUGUAAACGAAGAAAUCUUAAUAACAAAAAAAAAAUCGCUUCUACCUUUAAAACAAUAGUUUUCCUCCACCUGUUCUUCAAACCUACCCGACCGUCAUCCAUAACAGAUUCUACCCUGUCAUUUUACUUUAAGUUAACCCGUAAACCGUUCAGAUGGUGUUCAAUCAUCAGAUUGCAAAAUUGCUGGUUUCAUUUUUGCAAUUUUCUAAAAUGCGUGAGGCAGCCAGCCACUUAGAUACAUACUAGCUUCUUAUCGCUGAGUGGGCUGCCACGAUCACUAUACUAUUGAUAGACUGUCCUUUCAUUUUUACACAGGUGAAGAACAAGAAAAGAUGGAGCCAAGUAAUGUAUAUGUCCUACGUCCUCGACUUUCGACAAGAACUUCUUAGAGGUACCUUCGUAACAUACAAAUUAAACAACUUUCAGUUCAGAGUAAGAAAGGCAUGCAUUAAUUUAGCAUAGAAUGUUUGUGACAACAUAUUCCGCAUUUUAUAUUGUAGUGGAAGAUGACCAGUGCUUCAUCCUUACAACAGACGCUGAUGUUAAGUUUACCCAUUGGUCUGUUGAAGCGUUAAUUGACCAGAUCACCGAGGACCCCAAAACGGGUGCAGUGUGUGCUCGUACCCAUCCAUUGGGAGAUGGGCCUGUUGUUUGGUAUCAAAUAUUUGACUAUGCCAUCGGACACUGGUUUCAAAAGGUUCGUUUCUGUUAAAGGGCCUAGACCGAUCUCAGCUCCGUUGGUUUUGCCAUAAAAUUGACUUAAAAUUUUUUAAAAGACAAGAAUGAUAGAAAUAGUCUCAGAUGGGUUUUAAAGAGCAAAAUUGGAUUGAAGGCCACAAAACCAUUUAUGAAUUAAAAUGCAGACUUCUCAGUAACCAGUUGAUGAACUGCGACAACUUCUCAUAGUUACCUGAACCAAUGAUAUGGCAAUAAAACACCUCCCCAAACCUUUGGUUCGUAUUAUAUUAGGUUGAUUACAUUCAUAAGACGUUUGUUAGGAUCAUGAAAGGCAAGGUCCACAGACUUCUGAUGAUUAAAAAUCGACAUUUAUUUCACAAGUUUCAUGUAUGUGUUAUUUGAAAAUGUUUAUGAUCUCGGUUUAGGUGGCCAAUCAUAUGCUUGGUUCGGUACUGUGUAGUCCCGGAUGUUUCAGUUUGUACAGGUGCCAGGCUGUACGAGAUGUUCUUCCUACAUAUUCUACCGGCGUGGACCACGCCUUUGAAUUUCUUACGAAAGACAUGGGUGAGUUUGUUUGCAUACCCAGUCAGUGGGAAAAAAAAUGAAACAUAUCAACUUCGUAUGCUCGAUCAAUUAAAAUAAUUCCCAUCAGGCAAGAAUUCAUAUGUUCCUCUAUCCAUAAGGUGAAGACCGCUGGAUGUGUACACUCAUGAUCCAAAGAGGCUGGCGACUGACAUAUUGCGCCGCAGCAGAAGACAGUACUUACUGCCCAGAGAGCUUUGACGAGUUUUACAAACAACGUAGACGAUGGACACCAUCCACUUUAGCCAAUAUUGUUCUGCUUGUCAGCGAGUGGAAACGGACACUGAAGAAUAACGAGCAUAUUUCUUUUCUAUUUAUUCUUUACCAAACGUUCCUCGUCUGCUCCACAGUUAUUGGGUAGGCUAAAGUAUUUAUUCAAAUAAUUGAACGCUCUAAACACUUUCGGAUUCUUGAUUACAGAAAGCGAAACAAAUCCUAGUUAUUUCACAGCCCUCAACGUCAGAGAAUUUUUUUUUUCCUCAUGCCCCUUUGAAGCGAGCGAAACGUAACGUAUAUUUACAUCGAGACAGUAACGGUAUGAUUUUUUUUCCCGGCAGACCCUCCACAGUCAUUCUAGUCAUAGUAGGUGGAAUGGUGUUCUCAGGACUUGCUAUUAACGAGAUUACUACAGUGGCUCUCCUGAGCCUUUUGGUUCUUGCUUACAUCUUAGUCUGUUUAUUUACGUCCCAAAACGUUCAACUCAAAGCGGCUAAGAUACUGACCUUUGUUUUUGCUGUGAUCAUGUGCAUUGUCAUCAUUGGCGUGGCUGUUCAAAUUUCAAAUGAGUUAAAAGAAAGGAGAGCUGAGCCCACUGUAGGACCAACAUUGGAGCCAAACACAACAUUGUCACCUACACCGAAACCUUUAGAACACUAUCUGCCAGCUGGAGUCAGCACCCUGUACUUGGCUGGGUUGUCUAGCAUCUUUUUAGCCUCUGCUCUAUUGCAUCCGAAGGAAUUCACUUGUUUGUUACAUGGAAUUUGGUAUAUCCUCUGCUUACCUUCAGGUUAUCUUUUGCUAACGAUAUACUCGCUUUGCAAUUUAACCGACAGGUCCUGGGGUAAGUUAAUGAAAAGAAAUUAGUAUUUUUCUCAUUACUUUGUUCCCCUUUGAUUGACUUCAAGAAAAUGAGAAAAACAUCAAACGGCUAAACAAUGGGCAAAUCUUUUCCCUCUUUCAAAUCAAUUUGAGAUAAAUGCCUCACUUAGAGGCUAUUGUUAAAUUGGUCAUUGUUGUGAAUGAGAUGAAGAAGAAUCCACUUCUCCAUAAAAUGUCCAUUUCUUUACGUGCUUGAUGUCUUCGGGCUGAGUAAGAAAAAGGAAAAGUUAAAAACUUCCUAGCUCAAGUUGUAAGUGAAUUAUUUUCGAAAUUGAAGCAGGAGGAGGUUGGUGUGUCGAGGAGGUUGGUGUGUCAUGCGUUUACUUAAGUUGUAACCUUUACUCUCAAAUGAGAACAAACAAGUAUAAUCCGCACUGUAUUUUUAGGAACACGAGAAGGAAAGUCCACAUCUUCAGACGGAGACGACUGGUACAGGCCAUUUUGGAAUUGUUUCAAGAGAGUUUGCAAAUGCUGCCAAUAUCAAGAAGAGUCAGAGCAAAUCCGAUCGAAACAUCAUGGUACAAAAGAUGGAAGCAUCAUAGAAGGGAGAACCAAUAUCACAGUGGAACUUUCAAAUUCCUCAAGCAAGGUACUUUUUGUACUUACACUGACGUUUCGAGCGUUAGCCCUUCGUCAGAGCGGAUGGCGAAGGGCCAACGCUCGAAACGUCAGCUUUGAAACUCUUUACGGUGGCCUAUUUAUGUUAUUAACUCAGUUGAUAAUACGUACCAAAUACCCUGUUAUACUCUCCCUCCGACGCAGCCCCAAAGUUUAUUUAGAACUUGCCCCCUUUUUACAUAGAGCGACAGACUACGUUUAGAGGGUUUACUUCUGGAAACUCGAGAGAUAUAUUUGGUAAUUGUCUUUUUUAGGGUUUUUGGGCCUAACUGUGAUUACUGUAAGCAUUAUAAUCAAUAGUUUCUUAACUGACUGCUCAAGAGAAUCACCCAAUGAUUUAUUCAGCCAAAAAAAGUUAAAAAAAAAAGAUUGUCAACGGUUAGUGAGCUCCAAACAGUUGCUGCAGCGCCGAGGUUUCAAUAUUUGAUUUUCCGGCUUAAUUUUACUAUAAAAAUUCACUAAUUAUGCUUGCAAUAACAUUAAAGCAGUAGAUUUGUGCGCGUACAAAAGUCCAUGUAGUUUCCUUGACGCUCUCUGACUUGGCUUAUGUUAUCUUCACAACGAAGUUACAGUGAUACCUUAAAAAAAACUUUGAACUCCCUAAAGUUUUCGCAAAAAUAGCUUCUCUUUCAAUUUUUAUCCCUUGCUCAUAGAUUCAGUUGGAGAAACUUUUGCGAGAGGAAUUUCGUAGCUUAGCGAGUUUUCUUUACAGAAGUACGCCGCGAAUAAUAUCGUAACAUAGGGGGUUCCCUUCGUCUGUUUUACAUAGUGUUAGGUCAGAUUUCUUUUCGUUAUACUGGAUAUGUUAAGGAGCUUUCAUUAAUUUCAGUUAACAAGACCAUCAGAUGCAAACGAGAACACAGGGGUGGCUCUUGAUACAGAGGAAAGUGUGUCUGAGAAAGACAAAACAAACGUUCCUCGCCUUUCAGUUAUGGAUACAUAUAGAGCAAAAGAUGGAGUGCCGAGCGCAAAAAGCGAGAAGAGAUCAGCAAACGGUUCACAGUUGGAGAGCCACAAACAGAGUUCAGUUUUUGAAGAUGAUUGUGUUCAAAAAGUAAGUGAGAUCUGUAGAGAUGUUAUGUAUUCUGCAGCUGAGAUCCCAAGAAAAAAACGAGCCAGAUCAUCAAAAAGUUCGCCGUCCAAUGUUGCUGCGAUGAAUGCUAAUGAAAAUUCCACGUUCCACAAACAGCCAUCCGGCCAAUCGUCUGAGCCUGCUACCACUUUAAAUAAAGAUAUCAAAGAUGAAGUCAUACCAUCAACUUCUAAUCCGCAGACAGGAAAUAAGGAAAAUAUCACAAAAGAAAAUCGAAUCUCUGUCCAAGAAGCCUGGGCUGAUGAUUGUGAGGGAAAGAUGGCACCUAUUGACGAAGAAGAUAAUUUUGAAAGGAUGUCAAAGGAGUACGAUGUGUGCAAUCGUUCCAUUGAGGACUUUCCAACAUGCUUAAAUAAAACACAACCGUCUCGAGCCAGUCUCAAAACCAUUUCCGUCUCAAGAAAUCCAUCCAAACUUGUCCUCCCUGCUAUUCCACGAAGAACACCUCCAAAACCCACCGAGAAUUCGCAGAUCAAACAAACAUGCAUACAGAAAAGCCAACACGAAGUCCCUGUGAUAUUUUCCACACAAAUUGAGUCGUCGCAAUCAAUUACUGUGGACAGCUCAGAAUAUCAAUUGGAGAUAAGUUCACGAUCGCAUACAUCUCAAGCCGAGCUUCCAGUUCCAACAGAAGGUAUUUAUAUACCGUAAGAAUCAAGAAUGCGACGGAAAACGUUUUAUCCUUACAGUGCUGUGGACUGCAGUGUUUUCUUUUCCUUUAAUAAUGCCAAAUUGCGCAUGAGUUCUGUGCGAUAAUUCAUAUGAAAAGAAUAUGAAGUUAUUUCACACAUAUUGAGAUUUGCACUGUGAAGCACUAUCGUUCGUGUCUCUGAUUGGAAGAACGAUGUAUUUUCACAAACGUUCGCUUCCAGUCUUUGAAAUGUGUCGGUCAGUAAGAAAAAAUCUAAGUAUGUAUGAAGUAAAAACAUCACACCAUGGAAAGUGCUUCAACGAUUAUUAUUUACUCGUUGAGACACAUCGAAAAACUCACUCGUUCGCUGCGCUCACUCUUUUGUUUUUUUGGUGCAUCGCAACUCGUGAAUGAAAAUCGUUCGUGCGCACUUCCCAUGGAACAAUCUUCAUUUACGAAAUAUUUGAGAAGCUAUAGGGCUCACUGUAUGUGCGAGUUAAGGAUCUUGGGUGUUGGAGGAAACUAGCAAAAUAAGUAGGAGAGAAACCACCUUAAUUUUCUCGUCAUUUGGUUUUCAGUACGGUAUAUGAUUUAUAAUGCCCUUCCCCAGCUCAAUUUUUUCUCUUUAAGGCGAAAUCAGUCGCCCUGGGUCAGCUCUCGAGAAAGUUUCUCACUCUGAUCCAAAUUCUCCAGUAGAGGACUGGAUACCUAACGAUUUGAAGGUAAAAGUAAUUUCUUUGUUAAUACGCUCUUGGUUCUAUUAUUAUUAUUAUUAUUAUUAUUAUUAUUAUUAUCAUCAUUAUCAAUAUUAUUAUCAUAAUUAUUGCUAUUCCAGAUCUUUUUGUUUUCCUACAUAUAGAAAGAAUCAUGUACAUCGUCAUCAAAUUUCUGAUCGUUCAGCUAAAGUUGUUCCAUGUAAAACUCAGUCGAUUCUCAUCGAAAGAGAAAGCGAAUCACGUCCCAGUCCCUCAAACUCUGUUCUUUUCAUGAAAGAAAAAAUUACUGAAUGUUAUUUAAUAAGAUGAGAUAUAAGCAUGAUAAGUCUGUUGAGAUAACGAAGAUAAUGUGGAAUAAAAGACGGUACGGUCACUUUAUUCAAUAACAUUCUAGUCACCCGUCAGCUGCCCUAUUCCGAUGAGGCCUUACUACUGCUGCCCAACUUCUACAUGUCUAGUCCUAUGCGUUUGAGUUCGACUGCAGAUAUUGUUGUAUUGUUCUCCGAAUCAUUACAGGAUUAUGCUCCAAACUUCCGCAAAAAUGGAUAUGAAAAAGCAAAGUUUAUCGCUGGAAUGACCGACCAGGUAAGUUCCUAAAGGCAAGUUCCUGGUGGCAAGUAGGAUUUGAAAAACAAAAGAAGAAAUAACCAAACAAACAAAUGAUAUUGUGCAUUUCUUGGUUUUCCUUGGUUCUUUCGGAGUAAUACUUCAACAGUUAAGUGAUUUUUCAAGUUUUUCAUGAUUUCACGUGGUUUCUGGGUUUUCAUCUCUUUUGGGCCAGUGCAGCAGAAAAUGACAGUAUUUCGCAAUUUAACAGUUUGAAGAUCGAAUCAUUUGCUAGAAUCAGACACUACAACUCACUGUUACAGUGCUCGAUGGUUAUGAAAAGUUCUUCAUAUUUUCCUAAGUAGUUAGACUUGCUUUGUAUACAUCGAUACUUCCUUUGCUUCUGCAGCGCAUUUUCAAUUUUAUUGGAAUGUAAUCAUGGCAAGGGGCACCCACUUUCCUGCAACACGUUUUCCCAGCUCUUUGGCUACAUGUGCAACAAUAAUUAAGUUGUUUUUAUUUCUCAAUCCAUUCAUUUUAGGACCUUGAAAGGAUUGGUAUACAAAAUAUAGGACAUAGACAGAAACUAAUGAGAGAUAUCAAGAAUAUUCCGCGCAUUGAUAUCGAAGAGAACAUUCCGGUAAGUUCCUCCUCCUCUAAAACUUAGCUAAUGUCUUUCUAACCUCUGAUUUAUUAAUCGAGCAUGUUUUUGCCAUGGAAAAUUUGUGCAGGCCAUGACCUAUCCACCCAUAUUUUCGUACGUUCCUCCAUUCGUCCAAUUUUUAAUUGAUUUUAUUUUUCUAAUUUUCGUCACUUAACAGGAAAACGUCGAGGUUUGGUUACAAGAACAUGGUCUCGAAGAAUACUGGCCUUUGUUCAGAUCCAACGGAUAUGCAGAACCAAGCGACUUGGUGGAUUUAAAGAAGAUGAGCAAAGAGAAACUUAAGGAGACAUUGCUCAUCCGAAAACCGGGCCAUUUAAAUCGACUGAAAUCUCUCAUUAACAAAUUGCAAUAUCCUAAUCGAGGUGUGUUAACCACCAUAGAGUAAAGCAUGCUCCGUAAUAAGUCGUUGAACUUAUGAUACGGUUUACAAGGCUGUCUUUUCUUUCUGUCGAGUAUCUUAUUCCAGGAGGAUAAACACGCCCCUGAAUACAUUAAUUUCAUCGCUUCUUACCUCUCCUCUGACUGGAGAUGGAACUCGCUGCUGUUUUACUCGUGGUCCAUCAUGAAUGUUCUAAUCUCAGGGAGAAGAAUGCUCUUAAAACCAUUUGAUUUUUUUAUUAGUUAUGACUGGGUCUUGACUUUUCCAGAAAUAAGCUAACCAGCAAAUAGGCUAAAUUUUAAGAUCGAAUGUUGUCAUUUGAUGUUGUUUUGUAUCCUGGCUGCCUGCUAUGCAGAGCCGCAGAUUAUAUUUUGGUAGAAAAGAUAUUGGUAUAACUUUUUAAAUGGUGGAGAUUCAAUCCUUUACUGUUUCGUAAGAAUAAUUUCCAUUUAAAUUGUCUAUUAUUGUUACCAUCAACUUAUAACCAUUGCAUAAGGUUUAGGAUGAUUUAUGUAUCAAUGUUUUCUUACUCAUUUCAGGACAAAUGAAAAUUCGGCGCACAAGGAAUGAGCUGGAUCGUCUUCCGUUAAAUUUCUUGGAUGUGGAUAAUUCAGACGGAGGUGACGAGUACAACUUCUGGAAUGGUUUACGACAAGAGUGCCUUAUUCCUGAGAUGAGUGCGUUUGAUCAGACGUCCGAGCUUAAAGGAAAACUUGUAGAACUUAGAAAUACAACUCUGUUGGUUUUUGGCGUUAGUAAUGCCUUGUGGGUGAUUAUCAUUCUAGCAUUGGUCCGGCACAAGGAUCUCAAAAUCUUAGGUGUGGACAUCAUCGGACUUGGUUUUUUAACCAUUUAUGGAGGAAUAUUCGCUAUACAGUUUUUAGCUCUUUUGUGCCAUCGCUUUAAAACACUAAUUCAUAUUUUAGCGCGCGCACCUUGGAAGAUGAAUAGUACAAAAGUUGCUCCUGCUGAAUCUCCACGAAGUCAGCAAGCAUCGUGA